AGUGGAAAUACAGGUAUUUACAACACAUGACGACACGGCAGGUGAAAUAAGGAAAUGCGAUAUUUUAGUUAUGUGUGCGACACUGGGGGGAAAACGAAUGACAAAGAGAGAAGAAAACGUCAGUGAAAUUUCGUCUGCUAGUUGGGAGAGUGUACGGGUGUAAUGGACGGCACUGCGGUUCUGGUGGUCACCGUCCUGUUUACGACGUUCAGUACAGUUUGGACCCAGUGCCAGGGUCCAUCCAUAUACCACGACGAUCAUGAUGUCACUAUAUCAUCUCCGGUGUAUUCGACUCCUGUUACAGGGAAAAGACACUGUGAGUGGAGAUUUCAGAAGGUCAAAGACGUCAUCAGGGUCGAGGUCGUGUCCUUUGACCUCGAAGAAGGCGCAAGUUGUGAUUCGGGAUUAGCACCGCACGUGGAAGUACUUGCUGUUCAAAGUUCAGAAGAUGGGCAUUCUGCCAAGAAGACGACGUCUGCAGGUCGGUGGUGCGGAAAGAUCUCGUCUGCUACAGUGGAAGUGCGCUCUGACGUCACGGUCAUCUUCAGGUCCGAUAACUCGCACGAUGUUGGAAGUUUUCAGAUUAAAGUAUCACAGCAUGACACUGCUCAUGAUCGAUUUCUGUAUUGUGAUAGGGAGGAGAAACGGCCAACCCUGACAGUGUUUCCUGGAUCUCCCGUGUUUAUCUAUUCGCCAGGAUUCCCCGUCAAGUAUCCUAGCCUUGUUCACUGCCAGUGGGAUGUACAGGCCAACAGCUCGGACCUGAUCCUCGUGGUAGAGUCCAUCAGUCUGCGGAUUGAGAAACAGCCGGACUGUCUGUACGACAACGUCAGCAUCACCGGAGUUGGGCAAGUACCAGUUGUACGUUGUGGUUCACCGUACUCCUUGUUUCUGGUAAGCAGCGGAUCUAAAGUUCACAUCAACUUCACAACAGACCUGGAUGUGGAAAAGAAAGGUUUUGCUCUGAAGAUAUUCGCCACAAAACCAUACAAUACCAGCUGUAUAGCAUUCGGAUCCAGGGCACUAGACGCUCACUAUCACACACCAUCACUACUGACAUUACCACACAACAAAGACCAGUUUUCGUGUUCCUGGUUGAUUCAGGCGGCGGAGAAAGACCACGUGGUUUACAUAGAGACGGUAGACUGGGAUGACUACAGCUUGAAGUGCGGCGAAAAGAAAGGCUUUCACGUUUAUGACGGGCGAAGCAAUACUGAUAUCCGCCUGGUUACCAGCUGCGGUAUCAAACGACCGUUUGGCUUCCUCAGAAGUACUGGACAACACAUCUUCAUCCAGGCGGACCUGACAGUGAGCGGCAAAACGAUAUCUACUGGGUUCACCAUGAAAUACUUCUCAAGACACAAAAACGAUUUCGCAUCACAUUAUUCCGUGCCAAACUCUGGAGUGUCCUAUAUGUGGAUAGCAGAACUUACAUCGAGAGACCAACGCAAAUUAAUUCACCCGUGGACAUUCGCGGCUCUUGACGAUAAUAAGUGCGUGGAAGCGGGAGUCAAUGAGCGCUGGCUGACGGUCAUAGACGGGACGUUCACACCGUACUUCAACGCCUUUGACGGGCCGGUCGCCGAACGUAUGCCUCUGGGCUACUGCUCCAGUACAGAGUUGUCUAAGGCAGAGGUUUCAGGAACCGGCAGAUAUCUGACACUAGUUCCGAAAAACAACACAGCUAACUUUGACCGACGCGCCUGGUAUCUCAGCAUCCAGGUCACAGAUAAGUGCACUGGUGAUCUGACCGUCUUGGACGUUACGGAAAUACAAUACUUAGACUACAGAGUGUCAACACUUCCUACAGGGUUGCUAACCUGUCGAUGGAAACUGAAAACCUCGCUUAGUCGAAUCAAAGUGGAACGGAUCAGCAUGAUGCAGAGCGGGUCGUUUUUGAUAGACGGACACGGGUGUGAGAAGCCGUAUCUCGCGUCCUACGAUACGGAAGUAAACGACGUCAAAGAAGACGACGAUAACCUAAUACGGAAGUGGUGUCCCGGGACUACUUCCAUCCAAGGGGUGAUUAGCUCCGCGCGCUACAUGAUGCUGGUGUUCGUGGCAGACGUUACAGCAGACGAUAUACCAGCCUUGCUCUUCAGCGUCAAGAUACAGCCCGAUCGUUCAGGCCCCUGUGCGACAAUGACUGGGAACAAGCCCGCCACAGACAACUGGCAGUACCUCUCUUCACCCGGCUACCCGUACUACACCUACCCCAAUAAUAUUGAGUGUACCGUACAUCUGACCGCAUCAUCGCCGAACCAUGUCGUCAAGUUGGAGAUAAUUAGUUUGGAUCUCGGCGAACAGGGAGGAAACUGCAACAACGGCGAUGUCCUCAAACUCUUGGACGGGGUGCCAGGUCUUGUUAAAACGCUGGCCGUGCUGUGUGGGUCAGGCUAUUCCCAAACAACCUACAACAGCACCGGCGGAAAUAUGCUGGUCUCCUUCAUUUCGGACCGCCGAAUCACGUACCAGGGCUUUAAACUCCUCUUUUACCAGCAAAAAUCAGGUGACGGUUCAGAGUGUGACUACUCUCUUAAUGCCACGAGAACUGCGAAAUGGCUGACAUCUCCAAAGUACCCUCUAAACUACCCCAGCAACUCCAAAUGCACCUGGCUGAUCCAGGCCCCGUACAGUACGACCGCGGGACUGAAGCACGUCGUCAAACUGGAGGUCGUCCAAUUUCGCCUCGAGUCAAGCCCGGAGAGCUGUGAGCUGGCUGGCGACUUUGUACAGAUCUACGAUGGGCACGGACCAUACAGUAAGCUGCUAGCCACUCUGUGCAGUACCAAUAACUACCGUGGCAAGACGUACAGAAGUUCGGGACAAUACCUGUACAUAGAGUUUAAGUCAGAUAGAUUUGAUUCAAGCAGAGGCUUCAGAAUGGAAUUCAGUGCAGAACUGCUUGGGUGCAGCAGUGCAGUGGGCGAGCUGACAGCAGACGCCUGGACUUCAUAUUACUUGAGUUCACCUAACUACCCAGACAGUUAUCCCGUUGACUCGCGUUGUACCUGGAGAAUCAUAACUGCAGACCCUAGUCACGUUGUCCGCAUCACCGUGGUCGAGUCAAACCUAGAGGAGAGUGAUGACUGCAGAUACGACGUCGUCAGAGUAUAUGACGGUGAGGACGCCUCGUCCAGACUUCUCGGCCAGUGGUGUGGGCGGUCCACCCCGAGUUACACAAGCCGUGGGCGUUACGUCUACAUCGUCUUCACGUCCGACAAGUCCAAGGCCGGAAAGUUCCGAUUGGAAUACUCGUCCGUGCGGCGCGGACAACGUCCUGCUGCUGCGGCGAGUACGGACAGUGGUAUUGGCGUGAUCGUGGGCGGAGUUCUGGGUGGGGUGAUUGGUCUUCUCCUGCUGACCAUCAUGUGCAUGUGUCUCAUCAGUCGAACCAGAUCAUCUUUAUUCUCCUCAUCAUCGUCAUCAUCGUCGACGAGGAACCCGACGUCUGAGCCGGUGAUCGUCAACCGCCACAACAGCACGGUGUUCGUGAUGAGUCCCGUCUACGUCGGUGGCGGCGGCAGUGACGGCGGUCAUGACAUGAUGAUGGGCGCCCCACCCCCUGCCUACCCUGGCGUCACCAACCCUGCGUACCUGACCACCCCCGACGAGGAUCCGCCGCCGUCGUACUCCAGUCUCCUGUCUGCGUACCACGUGACCCGGCUCGACUCACUGGAAGCCCCGGAGUCGUACCCGGCUGCCGAAUACCUGGUUCCCGUCACCAGUGGUGGCCAGCGGAACAACGGCGUACACGGUUUGAGACGACCGCCGGCGCAGCUGGCACGGGUCCCCGAGACGUCGCUCAACGAAUAUGCCGAACCGUCGGACCCAACCGACGAUAUCGUGAUGAUGUCGUCCUCGCCGCCUCCCUACGACUUGAAUCUUCCCCAAGCACCUCCUCCACCAACGUCCAGGACUAACCUGUCUGUCUCAGCAGACCCUCCACAACCUCCCCCAGCGUACGACUCCCCACUUCAUCCUAGCAUGACGUCGUCUUCAGUGGUUCCAGCAUACGAGGCGCGUGAGGCUGUGACGCCUUCUACAGCGCCGUCGUCGUCGUCAGCAGUUGCACCACCAUCCUACGAGUCAUCACAGACUCUGGCGUCUGUUCCUCCAGCAUCACCUACUGGUGGUGGUGGUCAAUCUGCUGUGAGCAGUCCUCGGGGAAACAGUAUGUACGAGAACGCCGGGCCAGCAAGACCUAGAAAAACCCAUUAUGACAUGCUUGGACCCGUGUAAAAUGCAUAAUAUUAAAGGGACAUUACUUAGUUUUUAAACACUAAGGUAUAUUUUUGGUAUUAUAUCCGUUUUUGAUAACUGAAAUCAUACAUUACUUAGAUUGUAUGGUUUAGAUUAUCAAUUUCCGUACA